GAGAAUAAAACACUCGUUUAGCACAAGUUGCAGUGUCCGUGCUUCGCGUUGAAUGACACUUCAAACAGCUGUUUUCGUUUUUUCAUCGCUUGAAUAAAAACGUACAAAAAUGGUUGCUGGCGGCGCAUCAGACACGGGCGGCGUGAAGCCCAUGUCCAUAGCGGGACGCAUGGUGCGCGAGCGUGAGCGCCUCAUCGGCAUGACGCCCGAGGAGCGGGCUUGGCGCAAGCAAUGGCUCAAAGAUCAGGAACUGCACCAUGGCCCCCGCAAGGUGCCCGCCCUCGAGCUGGAGCUGAACAAUCCCAUUAAGCGCAUAUACCGUGCACCCUUGGACGCGGUGUGCAAAGCUCUGACGCCCGCGCUGGGAUUCCAGCGUGCCUACACCGUGCGCUACUGGACAGGCAAGGCGCUGAUUGCCCUUACUGGCAUCUAUAGCCUUGCUUACUAUUUCAAAUACAAUCAGAAUGACUGGACACGUAAGGGCGGCUGGCGUGUAAUAUCGUCGCGCAAGGCUUGCGUGCCCGGCGAUGAGGGCUUUCCCCGUCUUUCGGAUCGUUCGGCGCCAUCAGACUAUGCGGCGCGCGGAUUCAAGGAAUCGGUCAUCUAAAGUGCAGAAACUUUGUUUAAAACUUUCUUUUUAAAUUAAUGUUAGCCAAAAAUGAAAAAAUCAAUUCUAAAUAAACAUGGAACAACA